AUGUGGAAUUAUUUGCUGCUGGGUUUGAGCCUCGUCGCUUUUGUGCUCGGCGACGUCGUGCCAUUGGACAACAACAACAUCGACGUUGUUUUGAAAUCAAAUGAUGUCGUCUUUGUGAACUUUUACGCCGAAUGGUGCCGCUUUUCGCAAAUGUUAAAGCCGAUCUAUGCAGAAGCCGCCGAGAAGUUCAAGGAGUAUCCAACGGGGAAGAUUGUCUGGGCAUCAGUCGACUCGGAUCAACAACCUGACCUCGCACAACGCUACAGUGUCAACAAGUACCCAACAUUGAAGCUCUUCCGCAAAGGCGAAUUGGUGAAGAAAGAGUACAGGAGUCAGCGAAGCGCCGAGGCACUCACCGCGUUUAUUCAGAAACAACUCGAUUCGGGAGUUCAAACGGUCGCCACUGUUGACGAAUUAUCGACCAAACUUGACAGUAAGAAGCGGAACGUCAUCGGAUAUUUCUCUCAAGCUGCUGGUUUGGAAUAUGAUACGUAUAACAUGGUUGCUUCUGUAUUGCGAGAUGAGUGCGCGUUCCAUUUAGCCGUCGGCGCUGUAUUUCAAGCUGACCUUCAACAUGGAUCAAAAAUUGUUUAUCAAGGACCGGGAGCGAUCCCCGAUUCAUAUAAUGGAGCCCUCGGUGAUUUUGAUGCGAUGAAAAAAUGGCUUACCGAGCGCUGUGUGCCACUUGUUCGUGAAAUCACAUUCGAGAAUGCGGAAGAAUUGACCGAAGAAGGACUUCCAUUUUUGAUUCUUUUCAAGCAUCCCGAUGAUACGACAAGCCAAGAAAUCUUCACCAAUAGUGUUAUCCGAGAGAUUCCUGAUCAAAAAGCUUCGAUAAACUGCCUUGUUGCCGAUGGAAAGAAAUUCGCGCACCCAUUGCACCAUCUCGGAAAAUCUGAAAAGGAUUUGCCGGUUAUUGCCAUCGAUUCGUUCCGUCACAUGUACCUCUUCAACAAUUAUCAGGAUAUUCAUGUCUCCGGCAAGCUUCGACAAUUUGUGAUGGACUUGCAUAGCGGAAAAUUGCAUAGAGAAUUCCAUCAUGGCCCAGAUGCUACACAAGGAAAUCAAGAGGCGGCGAGUCCUUCCGAAACGCAGCCACCACCAAGUGUAUUCGAGAAAUUGAAGCCGUCUCAUAAUCGCUAUUCGAUUUUGGGCAAAGAAGAACUA